GGAAGAGAGAGAAGGGGUAGAUAUCAACACAUACCACGUCACAGCAGCAGAUUGCAGGCAGAACGUCAGAGCAGAGAGGAUAUAGCCGCAUAGAACCAAAGCCAGCACUAUCAUUAGACACUGAAUCAGGAGUAUACCAUCGGAUAUUGUUCUACCUAAAGCUGGAGACAUACACUGUGUGUGGAAGAGAGGCUGUGCAUGUGAACAGAGAGAACAGCACAGCGUGAUACAGCCUUGGAUAAGUGUGCCGUUAAUGAGAAGAGUUGGAGAGAAUGAGUCUUGACCCUGUUCAGGUCAUGAAGGGGCAAGACCCCAUGCCCAACACCUGCCCAUCAGCCUCAAACGGUAAUAGCCAAGCAUCCUGGGACAACAGCAAGGAUAUCCAUGAAAAUGUAGGUUCUACAAAGAAGCCCAAAUCAGGACCUGUGAGACGGGCCAGGAAGGUGGAGGGAGGCAUAUUCUUUCCCAAACCAGAGAACGCAGUGACCAUUGCUGUGUCGUCACGGGUUCUGUUCCGCACAGAGAAAGAGCAGAAGGUGUUUGAGCAGAAAGGAAUAGAGGAGUAUCUCAGGUAUCAGGUGGAGCAUGAAAAUGAGCCCUUUGCUCCGGGCCCAGCAUUCCCAUUUGUUAAGGCACUGGAUGCAGUAAAUAACCGGUUGCGGGAGCUCUAUCCAGACAGCGAGGACCUUUUUGAUAUUGUGCUGGUAACUUACAACCAUGCUCAUGUAGGCAUCAGACUGAUCAACACCAUCAACUACCACAAUCUAUUCAUUGAGCGGUUCUGCAUGACAGGAGGUAGCAGCCCCAUUGGGUACCUGAAAGCGUGGCAUACAAACUUGUAUUUGUCUGCUGAUGCUGAAAAGGUUCAGGAAGCCCUCGCUGAAGGGAUUGCAGCAGCCACCAUGUUUAUGCCAGAAAAACAAAUCGAGGUGUCCGAGACCCAGCUGAGAGUAGCAUUUGAUGGCGAUGCUGUUCUUUUCUCUGAUGAGUCUGAGCGUAUUUUUAAAGCCCAUGGCCUAGACAAGUUCUUCGAGCAUGAGAGGGAAAAUGAAAACAGAUUGUUAGAUCAUGGGCCACUGAAGGGUUUCCUGGAAGUGCUCGGGAAGCUUCAGAAGAAAUUCUACGCUAAAGGCCACCGUAUGGACUGUCCCAUCCGCACCUACCUCGUGACGGCCCGCAGCGCAGCCAGCUCAGGCAUCCGUGCCUUAAAGACUCUCCGUGCCUGGGGACUGGAGAUGGACGAGGCUCUUUUCCUGGCCGGGGCACAAGGCCCCAUGCUGGAGAAAAUCCGGCCCCACAUCUACUUUGAUGACCAGAUGUUUCAUGUGGAGGGUGCUGUAGAGAUGGGUGCCAUUGCCGCCCAUGUGCCCUAUGGGAUUGCACAGAAAUACCCUCAUAAAAAAAGCACCAAUGCAGGAAAAUAACAAAGACGAAUGGAGAAAAUAUAAAGAGUAUUAUGUUCUUAUUUUGGAAGUGAUGUUCAAGUUGCAGAUAUCUUUCUUUUGUAAAAUCUGUUGUGCACUCAUUGGAUCAGGACCUCGGUAUUCUCUUGGCCUUUUUCUGUGACCUAUGCAAGGACAUACACAACAUUUAACCAGCUAAUGAUUCAACCCUGUAUUGUUCUUCUGCACUGCCUCAACAUUAGUAAUUCUAUACAUGACUUUUGAAAUAUUCAUUAUGAACGAAAUUUGUCCAAUGUGCCUCUGCUGAAGCACUGCAAUGAAUGGUCAUUUUCAUCUAAGCAUACGUUGGUUGCUUGGAACCAUACGAUGGUUUGUCGAAAUAUACAUGACAUCAACUUACUGUUAAAAUGGAAUGUGUGCUGCUAUUCUUAUACGUAAAGUGAAUAUGUAAAGUGACAAACGAAAAGGAGUGAUACAGAAAUGGUGUUUACACAGUGUGUGUUUUGAACCACACUGUAUAAUUCAACAAUGGACUGUGAAGGGUGUUUUUGUUUAUUGCUGUAGAUGGUGUUGUGUGAGCAAAACUACAGUAUUCUUUUAUGUAAUCUAACGUAUGUGAGUAUGUCAUAUAUAUGUAAUGGAAGGAGUGUUAGUCUGUAAUGUAAUGUUCAAUAUUGAUAAGAAGCCAUAAUAUUUUACAUAUGAGAAGAUAAAAUACUCAGAAUCUAUAGAAAGCCAUGAGUAGUGAAGGAUAUAUUUCAUCUUUACACUGUAAUUUUUAGUUUUCUCAUCUGCAUUCAAUACACUACUGUUUUAAGUUUAGUAAUUAGAGUUAGUAAUAUAUUUUGAAAGAAAUGAAUAAUUUUAUUAAGGAAGGAAGCAUUAGUUUCCACAAAAAUAUUAAGAAGCACAAAUAUUUUCAAUAUUGAUAAUAAUCAAUGUUUCUUGAGCAGCAAAUCAGCAUAUUGGAAUGAUUUCUGAAGGAUCAUGUGACGCUGAAUACUGGCGUAAUGAUGCUGAAAAUUCAGCUUUGCAUCACAGGACUAAAUUUAAUUUUAAAAUAAAUUACAAGAGAAAACUGUUUUUUGUAUUGUAAUAAUAUUUCACAAUAUUAUGUUUUAAUGUAUUUUUGAUCAAAUAAAGGCAUCCUUGAUGAGCAUAAAAGACUUUCAAAAACAUUAAAAUAUCUUACUAACUCCAAACUUUUGAAUGAUGGUGUAAAUAUAUAUAUAUGUUUUUUGAAAGCAAUUUUUAAGUAUUGAUUACUUUUGUGUCCUGUAUACCAAAUAGUGGAUUAGCCUAAAAAACUGGCAAAGGCUGAUCCACCUGUGUCCAUAGGCCUCAAAAAACAAACAUACUUAUAUGUACUUAGCUAUUUUCAGCCAAUACAAUUUGACAUGGUUGGUAAUGGCAAUGAAUGUAUGUGAAAGGGAAUUUAAAAAGGAAAGAAGUGGUCACAUAUAUCGACAGAUGUCAUCCAAAGAAACAAAUUUGCUAGUUAAUUUGUAGAAACAAAACAGUUAAACCAUGUAGUGUUUCUAUUGAGCUUCAUAACCUGCCACUCUUUCUCUGCAGGUACGUUUGGCAUGCAGCUAAUGUCAUUUCUUGUUUACUCAUAAUCCUUGGCUUGGCAUGCACACAAAUAAAAAUUAUCAUCAUUAUGCUUCAAUCCAGAACUGUUUCUGCUUUAGGGUAGUGAAGACAUUAUUAUUAUUCACAUGUUUCCUGUGCCUUGUCUUCCUGUGCUGUUUAGUAAUGUUCUGCAGCAUCUGUCCUAUAAACAUUAUUGGAACAAAUUGUGUUGACAUCAGUGUUUAGCCUGCCUCUUUAAAUUAAUCCACUUAUCAUUGUUAAAUCUACACAAAAUGUGACAGACUAGCUGCCUCCAUAAAUGUUUAUUUACA